CCAUUUUUUUUUUCUCCUCAUCUAUUAUUUUUUAUUUUAUUUUUUUAUUUUUUAAAAAAAAAGAGAAAAAUAGAAAUGGAUUCUCAACUUAUUAAAACAGUAAAUAAACUUCAGGAUGCAUUUGCAACUGUCGGUGUUCAUAAUCCUGUUGAUUUACCACAGAUUGCCGUCAUUGGUUCACAAUCGAGUGGUAAAAGUUCAGUUCUUGAAAACAUUGUAGGAAGAGACUUUUUGCCACGAGGAACAGGCAUAGUCACACGUAGACCGCUUAUUCUUCAAUUAAUCAAUCGACCUGCUUCCGCUCGUUCUAAAGAAACAGCAGAGUCACCAACCACUGAUGCACAGGAAAACGCUGACGAAUGGGGCGAGUUUCUUCAUCUUCCCGGUCAAAAGUUUUACAAUUUUAACAAAAUUCGUGAUGAAAUCGUCAAGGAUACAGAACUGAAGACGGGUAAAAACUUGGGUAUUUCACCUCAACCCAUUAAUUUGCGUAUCUUUUCGCCCAAUGUCUUGACGUUGACCUUGAUUGAUUUGCCCGGUCUCACUAAAGUUCCUGUUGGAGACCAACCAAAGGACAUUGAACGACAAAUUCGUGACAUGAUUCUCAAAUAUAUUACAAAACCAAAUGCAAUUAUUUUAGCCGUAACGGCAGCAAACACAGAUUUAGCCAAUUCAGAUGGUCUCAAGUUGGCAAGGGAAGUGGAUCCUGAAGGCUUGAGGACUAUUGGUGUAUUGACCAAAGUCGAUUUAAUGGAUCAAGGUACAGAUGUGAUUGAUAUCUUAGCAGGUCGUGUCAUUCCCUUGAGAUUGGGUUAUGUUCCUGUCGUAAACCGUGGUCAACGUGAUAUUGAGUCAAAAAAAUCAAUUUCAAAGGCAUUGAGUGCUGAACGUGAAUUUUUUGAAAAUCAUCCAUCCUAUCGCAGUAAAGCCCAAUAUUGUGGUACACCUUUCUUGGCUCGUAAAUUGAAUAUGAUUUUGAUGCAUCAUAUUCGCAAUACCUUACCUGAAAUUAAAGCCAAAAUUCAAUCUGCAUUAACAAAGUAUCAACAAGAACUAUUGCAGUUAGGUGAACCUAUCUCGGAUGGUAGCUCUUCAGGACAAGCUAAUCUUGUUUUAAAUAUCAUCACUGAAUUUUGUACAGAGUUUCGAACUAUUAUUGAUGGUAACUCCAAUGACUUGACAAGUUUUGAGUUAUCAGGUGGUGCACGUAUUAGCUUUGUCUUCCACGAGCUUUAUGCAAAUGGUGUUAAAAGUAUUGACCCUCUUGAACAAAUCAAGGAUGUGGAUAUUCGUACUAUUCUCUAUAAUUCUUCAGGUUCUUCUCCGGCUCUCUUUGUCGCUACCACAGCUUUUGAGGUUAUUAUUAAACAGCAGAUCAAGCGAUUAGAGGAUCCAAGUAUCAAAUGUAUUAAUAUGGUAUACGAUGAAUUGGUUCGUAUCUUGAGUCAGUUACUGAACAAACAAUUUUUUAAACGAUUCCCUGCACUUAAAGAAAGAUUCUAUCAAGUCGUUUUAUCAUUUUUUAAGAAAGCCUUGAAUCCUACGAGUAAACUUGUCACUGAUCUUGUUUCUAUGGAAGCAUGUUAUAUUAAUACAGCACAUCCAGAUUUCUUAAGUGGUCAUCAAGCCAUUGCUCUAGUGAAUGAACAAUUACAACAUAAGAAUAGUAGCACUGAUAAACAACAACCACAGAAUCGUCAACAACAGUUAGCAACAGUUAAUAAUCUUACAGUAGAUAAUAAUGAUUCUUCAUUUUUUGGCAGCUUCUUUUCUGGGCCUAAAAAAGCUAAAAAAGGAAGUGCCCUUAUGGAAGCACCUCCUACUACCUUGAAGGCUGUGGGCGCGUUAUCGGAGCGAGAAUUUAUGGAAACAGAAGUGAUUAAAUUAUUAAUUCAGUCUUAUUAUAAUAUUGUGAAGCGUACAAUGAUUGAUAUGGUUCCUAAAGCCAUCAUGUUGAAUUUAGUGAAUCAUGCUAAAGAAGAGCUUCAACGUGAAUUGUUGGCUGAACUUUACAAGGCAGAUGUCCUCACCGAUCUUCUUCAAGAAUCUGAAUUUACACAACAAAGAAGAAAGGAAUGUAAAAAAAUGAUUGAAGCACUACAGAAGGCAGAUGAAAUUGUUGGCUCUGUUUAAUACCAUUAUUUGAUUGUGUAUGCACUUGAUUAAAAAAUGAUAUACAUAUAAUUGCUUAUUUUAUUUUAUUUUUCUGUUCCUUGAAUAAUUUGUGGCGCUAACCAAUCACUAAAAUUAGUUUUUGUGACUAG